CAUGACGUUUUUGCUCAUUUCUUCUCGCGCUUGAGCAGGUAGAAAGAUCUUCUAAAGAACGGAAAUCAGCCUUCCGUACCAAUCGUACCAGCUAAACGCCCCACUCUGGUCCCAGACUUCCCCCAGCAAACCACGCUUUUGUAAAUGUUUGUGUUAUGUUUUUGAAUUGUUCAACACCAACCAAAUGUUUAUCAGUUUAUUGUGUGUGCAUGCGAAGAGAUAAAAAAGAACAAUUCCAUAAAUUCCUCCUAAUCAUUUUUAGUUAAUUGUGUGAUAAAAUAAGUGGUUAAUUUGGUGCAAGUAUGGAUUUGGCCAAAGAAAAUGAUAUAGGGUGGAUGGAAGAUAAUUCUAGUCAAUCUACCAGUAUUCCGGAAAUAAUUGAAGAAUCUAAUGAAAUCGGAACAGUGGUGAUCUUUGUGAUUUCAGCGAUACUUACCAUUACGUUGCUCUUUGUAGUGGCCAUUUUCAUAGACUGCAGACAACAAAAAUUAAUCAACCUGCAACAACAACGCAAACCAAAGAAAGUAUUAAAAAUAAAAAUCCCGAAACUUGGAAUGGGUCGUGCCAUCCGUGAAGACGAAGACACCUUCGCCGAUAAAAUGCAGGAACCUGAACCAUCCUCAUCUCAUGUGAUAGUCUAAUUAAUUAAAUUUAGCUCAAUUGUAAAUAUCUCUUAAUUAAUAUGGUCUUAAUUUACACGAAAAGACUGACGGUGAAAUAAAAGUAUGUUUUACUUAA